CAAAACAGGUUCUUCAGAUCCGAAGAAAAAGGUCUGAAAUCGAAAAACCCGAGAUUAGAAACAGAAGACCCGCGAACCCAAAAGAAAAAAAGGGGAGGAGAGGAGGAAAAAGAAAAGGGAAAAUUGGAAAAAACCCAGUGAAGCAAAAGUGAAGGAGCAGUCUUCACUGUGCUCAAAGUUCAACCUUUGUUAAAAAAGGGAGGGCCUUUUAUGUGUUUUGUUUUUGCUCUCUCGCUCGCGCGUGUUGCUUUUGGACACUUUGUUAUGUUCCAAGAGAGCAUUGAAUGAAUCUUUGAAUAACUCUCUUUUUCCCCUUCUUUUCUUCUUCUUUUUUUUUUCUCACUUUGUGUUGGUGGGUGUAUGGUGUGUGCAAUACGGCUUUUCCUUUUUUAUCUGCUUUCUGUCGGUCAUCGAUCUCUCGAUUGAAUCUUUGAAUUGGAAGAGAGAGAGAGGGGGGGAGAGGGAGAGAGAUAGAGACAGAGAGAGGGGGGAGAAAGUGGCAGAAGCAGAGAGAUUCUUUUGUGAGCACACAGAGAGAUUCUUGGUGGGUGCUGAUGAUUUUGUUGGCGAAUUUUGAUGCUGGGAAUUGAGAUAUUUUCAGAGGCUGAGGAGAGGGGGGAAGAAAGCUUACUGUUUUCUGAUUCCGUUGGGUGUAGAUCUUGAGUUCCCUGAAUUCAACAGUUCAUUCUUAAGCUUAUUUUUAGAAAGAAAAAUGAAAGUUGCGGGUCUUCUUGUAGCUGUGAACAAGUUAGCUUCCUGCUGCUAAUGGUAUGGCAGUGUAGAUUCUGGGGAAUUGGGAGAGUGAAUUUUGUUCAAAGAAAGAUGAAUUGGUGGAGCUUUUGAGCUGAGAAUAAAAAUGGACUGGCUUCGUUUCAAGGGUCUCUCUCUCUCAUCAGCAAAUUUGAUCUUUUGUGGACUUUUCGGGGUGUUACUGUGCGAUUGUGAUUGUGUGUUCUUCCAAGUAGAAGUUUGUUAAUCCCCUUUCCUCCUGGCUCGAAACGUGGGGACGGGAUUUUUCCGAAUUCAAGCUUCGAACAAGAUCGAAACGCCAGCGUUUAUUGUUAAAACAAGCACCACAAGCAUCUAGUCUAGCUGCUGGGAGAAGAUUCUUAUGCUCUGAAAAAAAGAAAAAAGAAAAUCUGUUUUCGGUUUGGAAAAACCGCCCUUUGGCCAAGAUGAUCACUUUUAUUGAUUCUAAGGAGAAGCUGAAAGAGGUGGAGAAAACAUUAGAUUCUCAGCUAUGGCAUGCCUGCGCCGGAGGAAUGGUGCAAAUGCCGCCAGUGAACUCCAAGGUCUUCUACUUCCCUCAAGGCCACGCCGAGCAUUCAUCCGGUCCCGUGGAUUUCCGGAGCUGCCCCAGGAUACCGGCAUACAUACCUUGCCGGGUUUCUGCAAUUAGGUUCAUGGCUGAUCCAGAGACCGACGAGGUCUUCGCCAAGAUGAGAUUGGUUCCGUUGACAAGUAGUGAGCCUGAUUUUGGGGAUGAUGGAAUCGGAGGGCUUCAAGGAUCAGAUGGUCAAGAUAAACCCGCGUCCUUCGCCAAAACUUUGACCCAGUCUGAUGCCAAUAACGGCGGUGGUUUCUCUGUCCCGAGGUACUGUGCAGAAACGAUUUUCCCACGGCUGGAUUAUUCUGUAGACCCUCCUGUCCAGACCAUCCUGGCCAAGGACGUUCAUGGAGAGACGUGGAAGUUCAGGCAUAUCUACCGAGGGACGCCACGGCGCCAUCUCUUGACCACUGGUUGGAGUACUUUUGUGAACCACAAGAAGCUUGUGGCUGGGGACUCGAUAGUGUUCAUGAGGGCAGAGAAUGGGGAUCUCUGCGUCGGGAUUCGCCGGGCUAAAAGAGGGAUUGGCAGCGGACCGGAGUCCUCAUCUGGUUGGAACCCAGUCGGCGGGAACUGUGCGGUGCCUUAUGGUGGGUUCUCUGCGUUCUUGACAGAGGACGAGAACAAAUUGAUCACCAACGGGCAUGGGAACUGCAUGAGCGGAAAUGGAAGUUUGAUGGGCAAGAAACGGGUCACGCCAGAGGCGGUUGUUGAAGCAGCCUCACUGGCGGCAAAUGGGCAUCCUUUCGAGGUGGUUUACUACCCUCGAGCAAGUACCCCCGAAUUCUGUGUGAAGUCUUCCCUGGUAAAAACGGCGAUGCAGAUCCGGUGGUGUCCUGGAAUGCGGUUCAAGAUGGCCUUUGAAACAGAGGAUUCUUCACGGAUUAGUUGGUUCAUGGGGACAAUAUCUUCGGUUCACGUGGCCGAUCCGACCUGUUGGCCGGAUUCACCUUGGAGGCUACUCCAGGUAACUUGGGACGAGCCGGAUUUGCUGCAAAAUGUGAAACGUGUGAGCCCGUGGCUGGUUGAACUCGUCUCCAGCAUGCCGGCAAUCCAUCUCUCCCCUUUCUCGCCACCGAGGAAGAAGCUAAGGCUUCCACAUCACCCGGAUUUCCCCCUCGAUGGGCACUUCCCAAUGCCAUCGUUCUCCGGCGACCUCCUUGGGCCCAGCAGCCCGUUUGGUUGUCUUCCCAACAGCCAUUCUGCAGCUGGUAUGCAGGGAGCCAGGCACGCUUACUAUUCUCAGUCCUUACCGGAUCUCCACCUCAGCAAACAGCCAUCGAGUCUGUUCCCUGCCGGUUUUCCGCUUCUCGACCACUCAAUUAGAUCCAUGAGAACCUCCAAUGGUCCGAGAAUGCACAAAUCUAGCAGCGACGACGACAUUUCUACCCUCUUGACAAUGACAAAUUAUGGGAAAGUCUUUAAGAAACUCGAGGAAGUUAAGAAACCUCCCCAGUUGGUGCUCUUUGGUAAGCCGAUACUGACUGAGCAGCAGAUUUCUCUAAGCAACUCUGCUACUACCACCACUACUACAGCUUCGCCUGUUCGUACUUCAUCAGAAGAGAAGAUAGACAAAACAGGUAGUUUCCCCGAUGGCCCUGAUUCGGCACGUCAACAGUCAGGCCAACGAGAGCAGCAGUCGUCAUGUGAGCAGUUGAGAGUACACGAGGAUAAGCACCAACAGGAGAUGGAAGCCUGCUCAGAAAUCGGCCACUGCAAAGUUUUCAUAGCAUCGGAGGACGUGGGUCGUACGCUCGAUCUCUCGUUGCUUGCCUCAUAUGACGAGUUGUGCAGGAAGCUAACAGAUAUGUUUGGCGUCGAGAAUUCUCAAAGCUUAGCCCGCCACGUUCUGUAUCGGGAUGACAAAGGUGCAGAGAAGCGCAUCGGCGAUGAGCCAUACAGCGAUUUCAUCAGAACGGCCAGGAGAUUGACAAUUUUGACGAACUCGAGCAGCAACGGCGUAGGCAGCUAGAGAGAAACCGAACAAAUGAUCUUCACGUGUACAGCUAAUUGACCAAACCAUCUCCAUUCACAGGCUGACUUUCGCUUGCAAUUUUGAUGGACCGAGGCACCCGCCAAUUGGAAUAGAACGCGCGACGAUCCGAGCCGGAUUCACCUCGAGACCGUUCUUUUUUCAGAGGAGCGACUCGAAGCACAGUGGAUAUCGUCUCGUUUUGGGUCUUGUUCAUUGGUGUCUAGUCUUCUCUUUCUACGUAGUGUCCUAUCUUCCUUCUGUCUUGUUCCAGCCGUCGAUGGUCGGAUUCAACCACGGUCAGAGGAACUGUUUCGGCGGGAACGGCUUCCGGCAAAAGCGCUUGGAAUCCUUCCAGGAAGGCGAAAUUCUUCUGGCAUGAUCAAUGAAGGAAGGAAGGAAGGACUUCAUGUGGACUGUCUCGGACACAAGUCAAAAGGAUUUGGUCCUCCUUUGUUGUGGUCACAGGUCAAAAGCAUCAUCAUCCCUUUUCAGGCCAUUUGGUCUCUUUAUGCAAAUUCCAUUUUAACGUUUACUAUGGUUGAUUUGUAGCCAAACUAUGUGCGAAAUGCAAAUCGAAUUCUUUUCCUCGUUUUUUUCG